GACCGAGGGCGACGCGGCAGCGCAGAGGCGGGCGAGCCCACGGCGCGGCGCCCCCCACGCCCCCCGCCCCCCAGCGACUGCGGAGAAUGAGCGCCUCUGGCCGCCGAGAGCAGCCGGAGAAUAAAUCCCGAUGAUCUCGGGCUGAUCCCGCACCCACGACCAUGUCGGUGGCCUUCGCGUCCGCCCGGCCGAGAGGCAAAGGGGAGGUCACUCAGCAAACCAUCCAGAAGAUGCUGGACGAGAACCACCACCUGAUCCAGUGCAUCCUGGACUAUCAGAGCAAGGGCAAGACGGCCGAGUGCACCCAGUACCAGCAGAUCCUGCACCGGAACCUGGUCUACCUGGCCACGAUCGCGGAUUCUAACCAGAACAUGCAGUCCCUGCUGCCCGCCCCGCCAACCCAGAGCCUGGCGCUGGGCCCCGGAGGGCUGUCCCAGAGCGGCUCGGGCCAGGGCCUGCACUCGCAGGGCAGCCUCAGCGAUGCCAUCGGCGCGGGCCUGCCACCGUCCUCCCUCAUGCAGGCCCAGAUCGGCAACGGUCCGAACCACGUGACCCUGCAGCAGACGGCGCAGAGCACGCUGCCCACCACCUCCAUGAGCAUGUCUGGCAGCGGCCACGGCUCGGGGCCCGGCUACAGCCACUCGGGAGCGGCCUCGCAGAGCAUCCCCCUGCAGGGCCAGGGCGCCAUCAGCAGCUACGUGUCCCGGGCCAACAUCAACAUGCAGUCCAACCCAGUGUCCAUGAUGCACCAGCAGGCAGCCUCGUCCCACUACAGCGCGGCACAGGGCGGGAGCCAGCACUACCAGGGCCAGUCCAUGGCCAUGAUGGGCCAGAGCGGGCAGGCGGGCAGCAUGAUGGGGCAGCGGCCCAUGGCGCCCUACCGGCCCUCCCAGCAAGGCUCGUCCCAGCAGUACCUGGGCCAGGAGGAGUACUACGGCGGCGAGCAGUACGGCCACGGCCAGGCCGCCUCGGAGCCCAUGAGCCAGCAGUACUACCCUGACGGACAUGGCGAUUAUGCCUACCAGCCGGCGUCCUACACGGAGCAGAGCUACGACCGGUCGUUUGAGGAGUCCACGCAGCACUACUACGAGGGCGGAAACUCACAGUACAGCCAGCAGCAGGCGGGGUACCAACAGGGCACAGCCCAGCAGCAGACGUACUCCCAGCAGCAGUACCCCAACCAGCAGAGCUACCCCGGGCAGCAGCCAGGCUAUGGGCCUGCCCAGGGCGCCCCCUCGCAGUACUCCAGCUACCAGCAGGGACAAGGCCAGCAGUACGGAAGCUACCGAGCGUCUCAGACGGGCCCGUCCGCCCAGCAGCAGCGGCCUUAUGGCUACGAGCAGGCAAGCCUUCUGCCCGUUUCCAGACUCGCAGCCCCCGUGUGCGUCAGACGUGACGAAGGUUUCCCCUGUGGUCAACAGAAACAAUAACACAGGGUGAACUGGCUCCCAGGGUCCCUCCAGAACGUUAAUUCUCUGAGCCUGUAAGGUUUCUAAAAAUUACCUCUUGGGUCAGACACAGCUGGCUCUUUGUGUCCUUGUCCUUUCACACCUCGGAUGUUGCCCACGUGCCUAGCAGCGCCGGGUGUCUGGUGCGCGCUUGGGGGCCACGGCGACUAGGCAGAUUCUGGAGCUUGCGUCUCACCUGACACAGCCGGGCGCUGUUGGUGCCGGGACGGAGCAGCGGCAGGUGGUUCUGGGAAGAGGACCCAGAGGGCAAAGGGACAGAACGAUGGGUGGCAGGGCCGGCAUAGACCAGGUCGGGGAGGCCCUCCCUCGGGCGACAGUGAGGCCGUCAGACCUGAGCGGAGCCGCUCAGGCUCCCAGGAUGGCAGGGAGGCCUCGCCCACCUGACGAGGAUCUGCUCUGCGUGGGGUGGGGCCCUGGAGGCCGUCGGGGCCUUCGGUGACAGCACGGUGGCUGCUGGAGAGAGGUGAGAGGCUCUGGGACCCUCGGUGCUCCCAGAGGUGAUGCCAGCUGGAUUUACUGGUGGACUGGAUGUGGGGCGUGUGGGAGAGGCCGGUCGGGGUGGCCCAGGGAUUUCAGCCUGGGCUGCUUGAGGCAGUGGCCAUUUCUCGGGGUGCAGAGAGGGCUGUGGAGAGGAAAUCAGACUUAACUUCAGAUGCCUCUGACUU